CUCUCUCUCUCCUAGUGUAUAUGUGUGUGUCUGUAUAAAAGACUCUCUCUCUCCAUGCUUUCGCUUCACUCUCGGUUCUCCAUUGCGUUGCAGAGAGGAGAGAGAGAAGAGAGGGGAGAGGGGCACGACCAAAGGAGAUCCCUGUCUUACAGUGGGAGACAUUUCUUUGACCUUCCCUCCUUUUUCCCCCUUUUUCUGUCUUUCAUCUCCUCCCCACUUUCUUCCCCUCUCCCAAUGUGUUUUGGGGCUCCCUCUUUUAUUUCUUCUUCUUCUUCUUCUUAAGCGUCUCCGCUCUGCUUGGACGGUGGCUGCAUCGAUGCAAAAUGGGUUGUGGCAAUUCCUCAGCCACCAGCACCUCAGGAGGAGGGCCAGCAGAAGUGUCCAAAGAUGUGACAGAAGAUCCCUCAGUAGAAGAUGAGAAAAGACGGAACUAUGGUGGUGUGUAUGUAGGUCUCCCAGCAGACCUGACCACUGUGGCUGCUAGUCAGUCCAAAUCCACACAUAAAGACUAGCAGCUGCUUACACAGACACAACACAGGAUUCUGCAUAUUCAUUCACCUAGAGACAAGCAGAGAGGAUGUAAGUGUUCUGAGUCUGGCUCACCACACACUGAAAAAAAAAAAAAGUCUCAGGCUUCAACACUCUCAUUGAACGGGGGAUGUGGACAGCUUGCCAGGGCUCCGAGGACGCUGCCUCGUGGAGUCAUGGGUGGCACAGGGAUUCGCAGUGGAGGUCUGCAUAUGGCAUCCAUCAUCACCUUUCACUUUGUACAAAAAGAAAAAAGAGAAAAAAAAAUAUGGGCAUCGAAGCAGACAAGCCCUCCCCCACUCCCACCCCGACUCACCCACCUUGGGACUGGCAGCUGUGGGUGGCAACAGCGGGCAUCGUGACAGCCAUCCUGGCUCCUUGGUCACGGCACUGGAACACUCUCUUUCUCUCUCAGGAGGAGACAGGGGACCCAGCCAACUCAGUAACUAACUGUCUGGGACUCGCACAUAUUCCCAAUAGCCCUCUGCAAUAAUAAUCACUGCUCAGUUAUUUCUCCAAGACAGCAUCAAUGAUUCAUUGUGUGGCAGAGUUAGAGAGCCAGAGAGAAAUAAGAGUUUCACAGGAAGCAGCAAACACAUUCCUGUUGAUCUGCCACAGGACAUCACAGCGCCGUUGAAAAUAUCUUUGAUCUCAGUCGAGUCGGUCUGAAUGAUUUGAAUCAUUGGUUUAAAUGCUAAUAACAAUGCAGAGUUAUGUCAAGGGUGUUUUAAUUUAUGUUCCCAAAUGCCCGUGUCAUACCUGGUGUUGUCACUUACCGUGUGCCCCAGACUGAUUAUGUAACUUCAGCAGAUGACUCAUGAUACUUAGAGGAUCUCUCUCUCUCUCUGUCUCUCUCCGUCUCUCUGUCUGUCUGUCUCUCUCUGUCUGUCUC